ACUAAAAACGUGACCUCAAAGUCUUUCAGUCAGUUUUCAUAAGUGAUGGAUGAGUGAUGACUAGGUCUCUCAAAAAAUAAAAUUAAAUCUCAUGGAAGACAAAAAGUUACCGUGCUUGCGAAGUUAUAGUGACAGAAGGAAAAUCAUUAUCUGUGUUUGAACCUUUGUUUCUUUUAACAAAAAUUGUGUCCGGAAACAACAAUGUUCCCAAAAAUCCAAUGGGCUCCACUAGACGUGCCGUUAAAAAGGCGCCUGCAAACGCUUGCCAUACUCGGCAUGUGCCUUAUCUUCGUAAUAGGAGUGCCCUUUACCCAAUAUCUGCUUUACAAAUUGCUCUACUCGGAAUACUGGUGGGUAGCCAUCUUGUACCUAAUGUGGAUGAUCUACGACAUUGAAGUUUGCAAUCGAGGUGGACGGAUAUCAAACUGGGUCCGUAACUUACCCGUGUGGCGAUACUACUGCGACUACUUUCCUGUGAAGCUCGUCAAGACGGCUGAGCUAGACCCUUCCAAGAACUACAUCCUAGGCUGCUUCCCUCACGGAGUGGUCACCUUCGGCGCCUUCGGGGCAUUCGGCACAAAUGCCCUAGACUUCUACAAGACCUUCCCCGGGCUUACCGUUAACAUGAUCACAUUGAGAGAGCGCCUGAUCAUUCCUGUUUUGAGAGAACUGUUCCUUGCUUGGGGAGGCUGUUCUUCUUCUAUGCAAAGUCUGCUAUACUUGCUUAAUCCGAAGAAACAGAAGGGGAAAUGUGUGACUCUCGCUGUGGGUGGAACUGCGGAACUACUUGACACACAUCCUGGAGAGUACAACGUGAAGCUGCGGAACAGGAAAGGAUUUGUUCGAGUCGCCUUGAUGACAGGUGCUUCUCUCGUGCCAGUAUUGUCAUUCGGCGAGACGGACCUGUUCCGGGAUUUUAACUAUCCUGAGGGCACUCUGAUGAGGAGAUGGCACAAAUGGGUCAGUCAGGUCACUGGCUUUAUUCCCGUCUUCCCGAUUGGGCGAGGCGUAUUCCAGUAUUCCUUUGGUAUUUUGCCAUUCCGGAGACCAAUUACUGUUGUUGUGGGAGCCCCAAUACACGUGGAAAGGAACCUAGAGCCUUCGACAGAAGAAGUGGACGCUCUACACGCUACAUUUAUGGACAAGCUUACCGAACUAUUCGAAACUGAGAAGGCGAAGUACAUCACCAAUCAUGAGAAUGUGAAACUCGUAAUCGGGUGAAGAAAUCCUUAGUAGUUAUCAGAUAAUCGAACGAUUUUUACCAAAGUACGGGUGAUGGGGAAUAGUAUUUGGUAAAAUCCAACGAAAACCUCUGCUGAGCAAAUGGCAAUCCAGAAGAUUUUUACCAAAGAGCCGUCAAUGAUGACAGACAUCAAUGAAAUGCUCUUAGCACGGAAAUUUGGGUAAAAAAUCAGCAUAAAUUACCUACACAGCUAAUGGUAAGAAAUUUCAAUAAAAUAUCACAACAG